AUGGGUCGGAGAUUCGCCGGCAUCAAGGGCGUGGACGCGUUCGGCAAGACGAUGGAGGACGUCAAGAUCAAGACGGGCUUUGGCGGAGCGUUGACGCUCGUGUCGCUCAGCCUCAUCCUCGCCCUCACGCUGUACGAGUUUGUCGACUACCGACGAGUCCACAUGGAACCCUCGAUCGUGGUCGACCAGUCGCGAGGCGAGAAGCUCGUCGUCAACCUCAACAUCUCGUUCCCGCGCGUGCCCUGCUACCUCCUGAGCGUCGACAUCAUGGACAUCUCGGGCGAGCACCAGAACGACGUGCACCACGACCUGUUCAAGACGCGCAUCGCGGCCGACGGCCAGUUUGUCGAGGAGGCCAUCAAGGGCAAGGAGUUGACGGGCGACGUCGAGCGCGUCGCGAGGCAGAAGGCCGAGGGCUACUGCGGCACCUGCUACGGCGGCACGCCCCCGACCGAGGGCCCAAACCCGGGCUGCUGCAACUCGUGCGACGACGUGCGCGAGGCGUACGUCAGGCGCGGGUGGAGCUUUGUCAACCCGGACUCGGUCGAGCAGUGCGUCAGCGAGGGCUGGAGCGACAAGAUCAAGGAGCAGGCGGCCGAGGGGUGCAACAUUGCCGGCAAGGUCCGCGUCAACAGGGUCAUCGGCAACUUCCACCUGUCGCCCGGUCGCUCGUUCCAGUCGAACCAGAUGCACGUGCACGACCUCGUGCCAUACCUCCAGGCCGACCACAAGCACGAUUUCGGCCACGAGCUGCACUCGUUCUCGUUCGGGACCGAGGACGAGGCGGCCUUUGCCGGCGCGGCCGACACCAAGCGUCGGCUCGGGAUCAAGGACCCGCUCGAAGGGCUCAAGGCGCACACAGAGGAGAGCAACUACAUGUUCCAGUACUUCCUCAAGGUCGUCUCGACCAAGUUCGAGUUUCUCGACGGGCGCGCCCUGAGGACGCACCAGUACUCGGUGACGCAGUACGAGCGAGACUUGAGCAGCAAGAAGGCGAACGAGAAGGCGGGCGGGCACCAGACGAUGCACGGCUAUGCGGGCGUCCCCGGGCUCUUCUUCAACUACGAGAUCUCGCCGCUCCAAGUCAUCCACCGCGAGACGCGCCAGUCGCUCGCCCACUUUCUCACGUCGACGUGCGCCAUCAUUGGCGGGAUUCUCACCAUGGCGUCGCUCGUCGACGCGUUCGUGUACGGCCAGACGCGGCGCAUCAAGAGCGGCGGGCAGGUGAGCAAGACGGGCCUUGGGUUUGCGGCACCGGGGGGCAAGAUGCUGUAG